AUGUAUGAUUAUCAAUCACAAACCAGUCUCCCACCAAUUCGUGCGCGUCAACAGCGACCGUCUGGUGUUCAAGUCCAACAAUUAUAUGAGAGUAGUCCUGUUCUAGCCGCUAUUUCACAUCAUCCAUCCAAUGCACAUUAUCCAACACAUAAAAUUCAACGCGCUGAUUCUUCUACGGUUGUUAGUGGAAAUACGACAGCAGUUAAUAAUGCUAAUGGAACAUCAAAUAGUCUUUAUAAUCAUCCACAUUAUCAUAACAGUAGUUCACAGAUCCUUAACAUUCAACAACCUGUCGAACAACCACUACGUAAAAGUCCCAGUGCCGAUAGUAUGCUUAGUGUACAAUCAUCAACACAACAACGACGAUCGAAUAUACUUGAGCCUGAUACGGCUAUGAAAACUUAUAUGUCAAAAUUGACAGCUUUUGAACGACAUGAAAUAUUUUCUUACCCACAAAUUUAUUUUGUUGGACAAAAUGCACGUAAACGACAAGGAGUCGGUGGUGGACCAAAUAAUGGUAAUUAUGAUGAUGAAAAUGGUUCAUAUAUUGCCGUUCAACAUGAUCACAUCGCUUAUCGUUAUGAAGUGUUGAAAAUUCUUGGUAAAGGUUCGUUUGGUCUUGUAGUUAAAUGUUAUGAUCAUAAAAGUGGACAACAAGUUGCAUUAAAAAUAAUUCGUAAUGAAAAACGUUUUCAUCGACAAGCACAAGAAGAAAUUCGUAUAUUAGAACAUUUACGUAAACAAGAUCGUGAUAAUACAUUUAAUAUCAUUCAUCUAUUUGAAUGGUUUCAAUUUCGUAAUCAUAUUUGUAUUACAUUUGAAUUACUUUCAAUGAAUUUAUAUGAAUUAAUCAAGAAAAAUCGUUUUCAAGGUUUCAGUUUACAACUUGUACGUAAAUUUGCACAUAGUAUAUUACAAUGUCUUGACGCAUUAUAUCGAAAUAAAAUUAUUCAUUGUGAUCUAAAACCUGAAAAUAUUUUAUUAAAACAACAAGGUAGAAGUGGAAUUAAAGUGAUUGAUUUUGGUUCGAGUUGCUUUGAACAUCAACGUGUUUAUACAUAUAUUCAGUCGAGAUUUUAUCGUGCACCUGAAGUUAUCCUUGGAGCAAAAUAUGGUUUACCAAUUGAUAUGUGGAGUCUUGGAUGUAUUUUAAGUGAAUUAUUAACUGGCAUGCCAUUAUUUCCUGGCGAAGAUGAAGCUGAUCAAUUGAGUUGUAUAAUUGAAGUUAUUGGAAUGCCUAGUCAAAAAUUACUUGAUGCUUCAAAACGAGCAAGAAAUUUUAUUAGUUCUAAAGGACAUCCACGAUAUUGUACAGUAACAACAUUACCUGAUGGAACAAGUGUUUUACAAGGCGGUCGUUCAAAACGUGGAAAACAACGUGGACCACCAGGUAGUAGAGAUUGGACGCAAGCAUUAAAAAAUUGUGAUGACCCAUUAUUUGUUGAUUUUCUUAAACGUUGUCUCGAGUGGGAUCCACAAACACGAUUAACGCCAGCACAAGCCUUAAGGCAUUCUUGGCUUCGUCGUCGUUUACCAAAACCACCAUCUGAUGCUCCACCACCAAAUCGUCCAUCAGCUGUACUUCGUCAUCAUCAUUUGCAUACUGUCCAACAAACUGCAUCAAUGGGAGAUACAAAUAUCACCGGUGGUAUAACAAAUAGUAGUUCAGCUGUUAAUAAUAACGUAUAUGCAACUCAUCAUUAUCAACAACAACAAUUAUAUAAUACUGCUAGUAAUUCCAAUUUAAAAAACUUUUCUACAAAUGAUUUCACUCGACAUCAAAAACUACCACAUAUUAAUGGUGUUCACCUUAAUUCCACUCACGACUAA